ACCUUAAGGAUGAAUGACAUUUAAAUGCCUAAAAUCGCUAAAAUCAAAAAAUAAAUAAUAAACAAAUUCACGUUUGCAAUUUUUAAUUUUUAGUAAGAAUAUAUUUUAAGGAAAUUUGAUUAUAUUCUUUAAAUAGUUUCACACGAAAGUACGGUUCGUAUAGGAUCGUACAAAUCAAGCAGAAAAAAUAUCCAAUAGAUCUAACCUCAAAAUGUCAACAUCUUUCUUGACUAAAAAUACAAAAUAUCAAAUAUAAACAAGUUGAAAUUUUUAUUCAAAAGUCUUCUUGCUUUUAUUUUUCGCAAGAGAAAAAAUAGCUUCGAUAUAAAUAAACUUUAUCAAUUUUUAAGUUGUAUUAAUUCAUUCAAAGAAUGGAGAAACAGAUCUAUUCUCGAGGAUGUCAAAAAAUUGGUUCUACUUUUGUUUAUAGAAGAAACAGUAAUAAAUAAAAGAUGGAAUUCUUUUCCAGAUAGUAACGAGGAGAGAAAGAGACAAAAGAGAGAAUAAAAAAGAGUGAAAAAACCAAAAAAAAAAAGUAAAAUUGUAAAAGAAAUUGAAAGAAUAACCUUCAGCAAAAUGGCUGAUAAUUUUCAAAAUUCAGAGAAAAUAUUUUUCUGGAUACAAAAUUUGACUCAAAUUCUAAACGAGAAGCGUCAGGAGAAUACUGAAACCGACUAUGUCAGUGGUUUCAGUCAGAGAAAUUUAGAAAAACUCGAGGAAAAUGUCGAGAGCAUAAUAAUUCAUUAUUUAGAAAUUUACAUUCGUAAGCAUGUAGCGCAAAAAUUUUGGAAAUAUUUUAAAUUCAUCACAAACGAACAGCAAGGUUUUCAAGAUUUUCAACAAGCCGUCAAUGAAUUAUACUCGAGUUUCGAUCCAAUACUCCCGCUGAUAAAACAACUCGAGGAUUUAAUGAAAAACAAAGAAUUCACCUACAGCAGUAAAAAUGUGAACGAACGCUUUAAAUUACUCGUUGGUGCGACAUUACUAAGUCAAAUACCAUUGCAUCACGACAUUAUAAUCGAGCAUUUUUACAAAAUUUCCUUUAAAGUAUUCUGCAACAAUGAUACCAGUGAUAAUUCUGAAAUAUUUUCCGAUCAUUGUCGUGGUUGUAAUCAGGAGCAAUCAAAAUGUGAGUGUAAAAUGAUAAUAUUCAUGUUUCACGAGACGAAUAGAAAACUCCUCGAAUUGGGUUUACUGGAGAGAUUAGUGGGUAAUGUUCUCACGUCAUUGAUUAAUAUUCGGAUAAAAAAUUACGUGAGUCAUACUUGUAAUAGAAGUUUUAAUGUAUCGCUGAUAGAACCAUUGAACGAUUGGCUUGGAACAGUUGUAUUGAGUUGGUUAGUUCGGAUUUAUUCGGGUUCGUUGGAGACGACAAUAAUGCCGAAGAAGACAAGCGAUGCGAUCGAGACGUUUAAACAGAAGCUUCAACACUAUAUGCACGAGACCUAUACGAAGGUGAGGAUUGAACAGUUAUUUAAUAUUAUCAUCGAAUAUCCAAAUUCUCUGCCAGCGAUCUUCGAUCUUCGGACUUGUUUGCUGAGAACCGAUCUAAGGAAGAAUUUAAUCGAGACCCUGCAGGAGGCUUUCAAGACGAGACUUUUGCAUCCUGGUGUUACGACUCAGGACAUACUCACCGCCUACAUAGCGGCUAUAAAAGUUCUUCGUCAAUUGGAUCCAACCGGAGUUCUUCUGGAGACGACAACCGAACCAAUAAAAUUGUAUCUUAGAAGUCGGGAGGAUACGGUUCGCUGUGUUGUCAGUGGACUAUUGGACGAUUCGGACAGUGAUUUGGCGGAGGAACUCGCUAAGAGUGAAACCCUACAACUAGACGACGCUUCUGGGGAGGAGGAAAUUGAAAAUUGGGAAAAGUGGAUGCCGGAUCCUGUCGACGCCGAUCCGACCCGCUCGACACAGAGGAAAAUGUCGGAUAUUAUUUCGAUGCUCAUCAGCGUUUAUGGAAGUCAGGAUUUAUUUGUCAACGAAUAUAGAACUUUGCUGGCUGAUCGAUUGUUGUCUCAGAUGAAUUAUCACACCGAGAGGGAGUUGAGACAUCUCGAGUUACUGAAACGACGAUUUGGCGAACACCAACUUCACUAUUGCGAAGUGAUGCUAAAGGACGUUCAUGAUUCGAAGCGAAUCGACGGAAAUAUUCAAUCGGACUCGAUCUAUUGCUCCGAGAAGGAGGAUUUCACCACUUCGGCUCUUAUCCUUUCGGCACAAUUUUGGCCGCCAUUCAAAGAAGAAUGGAAAUUGGAACUUCCGAAAAUAGUUCAGAAUCAAUUGUCCCGUUAUGUCAAGGCCUUCGAGGCGCUCAAAGGGAAUCGAACCCUCUGCUGGAAACCACACCUUGGGAAUGUGAAUCUCGAGAUUGAACUCAAGGAUCGUAAAUUUAAUCUCAAUGUAACGCCGAUACAUGCGACGAUUAUUUUACAUUUUCAGGAGAAACAUGAAUGGACACUGGAUAAAUUGUCUGAGAUUGUUCACGCGCCAACCACUGUCCUUAGGAGAAAAAUUGGCUUUUGGGUAACGCAGGGUGUACUCAAGGAAACUGCAAAUGAUACUUACACACUCCAGGAGGAAAGUUGUUCGAAAAGUCAUUCGGUAUCGGAAAUCGUCGAGGAUGACGAGGGUGAAAGUGCAAUGGCAUCGGCCAGUGAUCAAAGGGAAGGUGAAUUACAAGUAUUCUGGUCGUACAUCGUUGGAAUGUUGACGAAUCUUGAUUCAAUGCCUCUUGAGAGAAUUCAUCAAAUGUUGAAAAUGUUCGCUUCACAGGGUUUAGGAACUGUUGAAUGCAGUUUAUCGGACUUGAAAUUAUUCCUGGACAGAAAAGUGAGAGAACAUCAUUUAAUAUUGUCGGGGAAUUUGUAUAGAUUAUCGAAAACGUAAUCAAGUUUUGUACCUUUUUUUUGUAUCAAUUUUCUUGUUCGAUUUUCUCUUCGAAAAUUGUGUUAUUAAAAAUAAUUUUUAUAUGUUAAA